AUGGAUAAGAUAUACAUCAAUAAAAUAUCCCUUCUCCAACCAAACACAUCCACAGAAGCCAUGAAAACUCUCAUAAUUUGUGCACCAAACGCCACUCUCAAUCUCUCAAAACCUUCUCCAAGGAAACAAAACUUGCCACUUAUUCAUGCAGAAAAACUCAAGCAACCCUUGAUCACAUCAAAGCCACCACGUGCGAGUGCUAAGGGCUUUUCUUCUCCAUCCGUUGCAAGUGAUGUUGACAAGAAGGAGAAGCCCAUGAGAAAGAAAAACAAGGACGAUGAGGACCUUCCAACGUCAGUUAUGUACAGGAUAAUUCGCAGGAUCUUGGUCUCCGUUGUGGUGCCAAUGGGGUUGGGUUUGGCCUUCUUGCACCUCUUCGGGGAGCUUAAGGAAAACAAAGUCUACGAUGCCCCAUUGUGGUUGCCCUUCGUCACAACACUCUUGACAUUCGGAGCUUCCAGUAUUGGGAUUGCGUAUGGGACACUGUCCACCAGUUUGGAGGAAGAGAAGGAAGGUUCGUUUCUUGGGUUCGAACAGGUUCAGAAGAAUUGGGUUGAGAUGUGGCAAGAAGAAGAAGAUGAAGAUGCAACUUAGUUAGCUUAUAAUGUUGCAUGAGAUACCAUAUGUAUAAAAUUAAUUUACAGAUUUUUAGAUGUAGUUGAUGUUCUUCUUCAUCAUAGUUAAAAUUUUACUUUAAUAAUAUGUAUUUUCAUUUAAUAUA